AUGUCUGCAACUAGCAAACCGGGACUGACAGGAGAACGGACAGUUAAGCGCUUGCGGCUGUCUAAAGCCUUGACAGUGCCUGAUAGUACAAGUAUCAGUGAAGCUUGUCGCCGGAUGGCUGCCCGUAGACUUGAUGCCCUAUUGCUGACAGAUUCAAAUGCAUUAUUGUGUGGCAUAUUGACUGAUAAGGAUAUUGCUAUAAGGGUGAUUGCUCGUGAGGUUAAUCUUGCAGAGACUCCUGUUUCUAAAGUCAUGACAAGGAACCCAGUAUUCGUGCUUUCUGACACCCUCGCGGUUGAAGCCCUGCAAAAGAUGGUUCAAGGAAAGUUCAGACAUUUACCAGUUGUUGAAAAUGGAGAAGUGAUUGCAUUGCUUGAUAUAGCAAAAUGUUUGUAUGAUGCCAUUGCUCGCAUGGAGAGAGCAGCGGAAAAGGGAAAGGCUAUUGCUGCUGCUGUUGAAGGUGUUGAGAAGCACUGGGGGGCCACAGUUUCUGGUUGUCCUAACACAUUCAUUGAGACACUCCGGGAGCGAAUGUUUAGACCUUCCUUGUCCACUUUAAUCUCAGACAACUCAAAGAUUGUUACGGUUGAACCAAGUGACACCGUGCUAGUUGCUGCAAAAAAGAUGCUUGAAACCCGAUCAAGCUGUGCCAUUAUAACAGUAGAUAAGAAACCACGAGGAAUACUCACUUCGAAAGAUAUUUUGAUGAGAGUCAUAGCUCAAGAUCUUCCUCCAGAGUCCACUCUGGUGGAAAAGGUGAUGACACCAAACCCAGAAUGUGCAACAGUUGAUACACCUAUUGUUGAUGCUCUUCAUACCAUGCAUGAUGGCAAAUUUUUACACCUCCCAGUUGUCGAUAAAGAUGGAAUGGCUGUGGCUGUUGUUGAUGUGCUUCAUAUAACUCAAGCAGCUGUUGCCACCGUUGGUAGUACUGCUGGGGUCACUAGUGAGGCUGCAAACACUAUGAUGCAGAAGUUUUGGGAUUCUGCCAUGGAGUUAACUCCAGAUGAUGAUGAGGAGACCAGGAGUGAGAACUCCUUGAAGAUACCUUCCGAUGGCGGAGAAACUGGACGAUCUAUUCCUUAUCCUUCUUCCUCCUCAUCCAGUAUGUUCGCAUUCAAGAUUGAAGAUAGAAAAGGAAGGAUGCAUAGGUUUUUAUGUGGUACCCAGAAUUUGGCAGACCUUAUAACAGCAAUACUCCAAAGAGUUGGGGAUGAAAUUGACCGCAACAAUCUUCCACAAAUUCUGUAUGAAGAUGAAGACAAGGAUAAAGUUAUGCUUGCAUCAGAUAGUGACCUUCAAGCAGCUGUAGACCAUGCAAGGCUAGCUGGCUGGAAGGGCUUGAGACUGCAUUUAGACUAUUCUGGGACACCUAGUCGGCGAAAGGGAUCCAACUCGAGCAGUAGUCUGGAAUAUGCUCAAGCAGAUGCAUGGGCUUCUGCAUAUAGUGCUGUGGCAGCUGGGGCUGCACUUGUUGCCGGUUUAGGCGUUUUAGCAUUCUUGAGACGGACCGGAAACUGA